AUGAACGAUCAAGAUAUUCAUCAAGUGCAGCAGCAGAACGAUGGGGUUGAUGAAGAAACCCCCUUGCUGCGUGCCCCUUCUGGCACCGAGGCAUACUCCGUCUUCACACCAACGCAGAAACGCCUCAUUAUUUUGACAGCAGCACUGGCUUCGAGCUUUUCGCCUUUAUCGGCCAAUAUCUACUACCCGGCAUUGAAUUCCAUUGCAAAGGACUUGGGAGUCAGUCCAUCUCGAAUUAAUCUGACGAUCACGACAUACAUGUUUGAAGAUAUGCCAGGGCCUCUCUCCAAUGUUAACAGGGUCAUUUGCAGACCAAGCUGGCCCUUCCCAGCACUCUUAGCUCUUCGUGCCGUUCAAAGUUGUGGCAGUAGUGGAACCGUGGCCCUUGCAUCCGCUGUCGCGGCCGAUAUUAUCACGUCCGCCGAGCGGGGUAUGUACAUGGGCUUUACUUCCCUGGGAAAUAUUCUUGCUCCUUCAAUCGGGCCGAUUCUUGGAGGUGUGUUGAGUAAGUAUCUGGGCUGGGAAGCAAUAUUCUGGUUUCUCGCUAUUGCAGCUGGUACUUUCUUCGUCCCGCUGCUGCUAUUCUUCCCUGAAACGUGCCGAGGCAUUGUCGGAAAUGGCUCGAGCCCUGCAGUCGGAUGGAAUCGAACCAUGUGGAGUUACUUUUGGACCACCUCCGAAAUGACCCCACCUGCAUUAAGUGUGCCGAGGAGGCGCUUGAAUGUCCCUAACCCAUACUCAACCCUACGUCUGCUUUUCCACCGACCUGUGGGGCUGGUGCUUUUAGCAAAUGGAGUUGUCUUCAGCAGCUAUUACGCGGUCACGGCGGGAAUUCCUGCGCUUUUCCACAGAAUCUACGAUCUAGAUGAUUUGGGUAUUGGACUAUGCUUUAUUCCUGCAGGCUUAGGGUCAUUACUCAGUGCAACUGUCAACGGAGUAUUAGUUGACUGGAAUUACCGGCGGUCUCGACGCAAUGCCGGUCAGACGGUACACAAGAACCAGAAGCAGGACAUCCUUGGAUUUCCUAUCGAACAAGCGAGAUUGCAGAUUGGUCUGCCAAUGACGAUACUUGCAGCUGUCUCAAUAGUCGUGUACGGAGUACUCAUACCGUUAAAGCCACCACUCAUGGUUGCCCUUACUGUGGUCUUCGUAAUUUGCUUUUGUAUCACGGCGGCAUAUAACGUGAUGAACAUUCUGAUCGUUGAUUUGUACUACGAGACCCCUGCUACCGCGAUGGCCGCUAACAACCUCGUGCGGUGUUUCCUGGGAGCUGGUGCUGCAGCCUUAGUUAACCCUCUGAUCAAGCGAAUUGGUGUCCAAUGGACAUAUUGUUUUGUAUCUGGCGCAAUUGCGCUAGUCACGCCAAUUUUAAGUGUUGUUUACAUGAAAGGCUGGGAAUGGCGCAAGAAACAAGCCGAAACUGAUGCACAACGGCAAACUAUACACGGGAGACUAUAG